ACAACUCGAUUCAAAUCGGAGUUUCGAGUUGAAACGAUUUUGGUCAUUUUCGAACCGGCAUCGAUUUUAACGGCAACACUACGUGCUGGGUGCUAGAAACAUUGACAAGCAAGGUAAUUGGGCGCAGAACAUCGUUCAACAUCCAUGCCACCCAAAACGCCGGAAGAUCCAGAACAAAACCCAUAUGAACUACUUGGGAUCUUACAGGAGGCUACCGAAGCUGAGAUUAGGACAGCCUAUCGAACCCGCUCACUAAAAGUCCACCCAGACAGAAACAGAAAUGACCCUAAUGCAGCCCAGAAAUUUCAUGCAUUGACAACCGCCUCCACCCUCCUCCUCGAUCCGCUCCGUCGUCUCGCGCUCGAUGCACAACUCCGCUUGCAAGCUGCUAAGAAGCAGCGCUUCGCAUCUUACGACAAUAAGCGUAAGGCGAUGGCGCGAAUGGCCAAAGAGCAGGAGAGAACUGCGAGGGAGAGCGAAAAUUUGAGGAUUCGCGAGGAGGGGCGACGAAUGCGGGAGCAGAGGGAGAAGGAGCUCGAGCUGCAGGAAUUGGAACGUCAAUGUGCGAAGUCGAAGCCUGAUUCAAACGGAACUGUUGAAGAAGACUCCCUCGCUCCGCCGCCUCCUGGCGAUUUGGAUACAACGAUCCGUGUCAAAUAUACCCUGUCAUCAUAUCCUGCACUUUCUACGGCAUUCGCACUCGCAGCCCACCUUCGACGGUUUGGCGAGAUUGAUGAAGGGACGGUGGUGAUGUCGCAGAAAGCUAAGAAGUCGAAAAAAUCCAAGGGACUUGUAGAUGGUGAGAUGAUAGUGACCGCGCUGGUGCCAUUCAAUCAGCUGGGCGCUGCUUUUGCUGUGGUAUCGAGCGCCGAGUCGCUGAAAGGUCGGGGCAUGGACGUGGCUUGGGCGGGCGGAUCUGAGCCUCCAAUACUAAGCUGGCUUCGCGAACGCGGAGAACUCGGAGGUUCCGCAGCAAAGCGGGCUGAACCGCUCCCGACAAAGACUGCUCCGGAGGGGACGACGUUCAGCUCGUUUCCCUCGAGUUUUCCUGGUUUUGAUGAUGUGGCACCACCACCACCUUCUACUGCAAAGGCGGGGAUGGACUACGAGUCGUUGACGCUCCUCCGCAUGCGUGAAGCUGAGCGUGCACGUUUAGAGAAGGAGAUACUGGAAGCAGAAGCUGCUGAGGGCGGUUAGCUUGCUUUGCGGCCGCUUGGCACAUGAUAUCCUCUGACAUCGCACCUUUGUCCGCGAUCUCAACAUCUGAUGUGAGCUCCAGAGCACUGUGCGCCCUUGGUGCACCUUGAUGGUUCUAGAAGUUGCGCGGAGAGACCCUUGAAACGUGCAUGUAUUAUGACGGCGUUCAUGUACCCGUAGUCUGAUUGGUACAUCUAGCUAAAGUGUUCGCACCCGGUUUUAAGCAGGUCCGCAACAAGGUUCUUUCAGACGUUUGUCCUCGCUGUAGUUGAAU